UCUCAUCUCCUCCUCCCCUAUUUCUCCCUUUCCUCUAUUCUCCUAGCAGCGAACGGCGCCGGGACCAGCUCCGACCGGCGAGCCUCUUUCUCUCUUCUCCUCCGCUCCAGUGAGGACGACAACAACAAACAGCAGCUCCAGCUGCUCUGACCAGCGAGCGGCGAGCAGCCAACUCCGGCGAAGGCAAGGUAAUCACCGGCGAACCCCAUCGAAGACGACAACAACAACAGCAAGACCCUCGCAUCUCCAUUCCUCUCCUCUUCGGCGAAGUUCUAGUAAUCCAGCAUUUUUGGAUCUGUGGUACCAUGUCGUUCAUGAAAGGUGAUUUGCUAAGUAGAACUAGAAGGCUUGUCAAAGGUUUAGCCAAAGCUGAACCUGUAUGGCUCAAAGCAAUGGAGCAGGCUCCACCUGCAACAUUUCCUCGUGCCGAGAACAAAUUGGUACCCAUCAGUUUACCUGAGGAUGUCUACAUCAAGAAGUUCUUCCAGAAGUACCCAGAGUCGAAACACGAGGAUGCUAUUAAAAUUUCUGGAUUUGACCCUCCUCCAGCCCGAAUUUACGGGUGGCGAGUGCUUGAGUUAAAGGAGCAGGGGGUCAGUGAAGAGGAAGCUGUGGCUGUUGCUGAUAUGGAAUAUCGUGUAGAAAAGAAAGCGAAAAAGAAAGCAUAUUCUCGAUUGAAGCAGAUUGCUCGACUUCAGGGGAAGAAACCACCUCCUAAUCCAUAUCCAAGUGCUAUCAAGGAGAUACAAGCUGAAGAAAGGAAGUAUGUGCGUGAUCGUUUCUAUAACCAAGAUAUUCUUAAAAUUGUGGAGAAACUGAAAGAGGAGAGGCAAGCAGAGAUGCAAGACAGAAGAGGUGGAGGUGGAGGUGGCUGGUAAACGCCCAUGGUCUUUUUCUAAUAGUUUUUCUUUUUGCUUUUUGCCCAAGUUGGUAUACUUGGUAAUGUUAUGAUACUCUUUGUCGAAGUGGUUAUACUUGAUAAUGUUAUGAUACCCUUUCCUCAAGUACUAGAAAAACGCUUCACUGCUGGUUUAUGUAGUAGACUUGGAGUUCAUAUUCCAAUUAAAUUUGGAAAAUAAGUGAGUAAUAUCUCUUGCCCAA